CACAGGCCAGUUGCAGAUGGAAGUUAAGUUUCCAGGGGAGAUGGGCUGUGACUGGAAGGAUAUAGCAGGUGGCAUUCCUGGCAUGAGCAAGCAAGCUGGAAGCAGCAGUCUAUGGUAGUCCUUGAGAUUUGCCAGUCAUGAGCAAAGGACAGAUCAUCUCACGUCUGGAUAAAGCAUUAGUUAAGUGAUAGCUGAGUCUUGUCUGCGCCAGGAGCAGUACUUGUUAAAGUCUGCCUGCUUCCUAGGACCAAUGUGUCUUGUCUUGAGACUGCCACCUCUCUGUUCAGUCAAGGUGGCCUCCACAUAGUGAGCUAGAAUGGGAGCCUGGGCUAGCAAAGGGCAUCUGUACUGCACUCUGGAGGUCCAUGUCCUAUGGUCCUCACCAUAGCAGUAUUACUAUACAGGAGCCUUGGGAGAUGCUGUUUCCUGGGCCUCAGCCUGAGGUACAGGUUAGGCAUUCAACCACCUUUUCAGAGAAAAGGAAGAAAAACAAUUCAGUGUCUUCACUGUUGAAAGGCUUUUUAUCUUUAAUUUGGUGAAGUUAACAGCAUAAAUCUAAACCACUUACCAUUUAAGUCAUAUAACUCAUUUGGUAUAUUUAUAUUGUUACACAGCCACUACUGACAUUAAGCUUCAGAACAUUUCUAUCACCCUACAAAUGAACUCCAUGCUCACUGAGGUCACCAGCUCAUUCUCUGGAUUUGCCAGUUCUGGGUAUUCCACAAUAGUGGGAUCUUGUAUGCCUUUCACUGUUUAUCUUGGAGUCCAACCUUCCUUAGGUGACCUCUUCUCACCUGAUACUACAGCUUGGCCACUGCUCAGUACUGGGUACUGGAGAGGCCCUGGAAGCCCGAUAUUCCUGGCCAAACUCGAAACUCAUCAUAACAGCUGAUUAAGUAGGGUAUAGGGUGAAUCUUCAAACUCACUGGCUGGAUGUCACCCAUAGGCUUGCCCAGUACCUGUAUCUCACUCCUGGGAAAGCACCACCAUCUCAGGAAGGGAAAAGGUCAGAUCAAGAUAUAAGAUAGUUGAAACACACUUUGCAUCUCUUUUAGAUUGGAAUGUGUAUGUAUAGCACAGGUCAAAUGGGAGGUGUGUGUACAGAUAGUGUGUGCAGGUGAAGGUAUGUGUUGUGUGAUAUUUUACCCUUGGCUUUUUGAGGGACCCACCACCAGUUCCCAAAUAAAUUACACACAGAGACUUAUUCUUACUUAUGAAUGUUUGGCCUUGGCUUGUUUCUUACCUGCUUUUCUUAAAUUAUCCCAACUAUCUUUUCCCUCUGGGCUUUUUCCUUUUUUUUACUUCUGUAUAUCUCAUCUUCACUCUUACUCCACGACUGGCUGGGUAGCUAUGUGGUUGGCCCCUGAUGUCCUCCUCUCCUUGUUGCCCUGUUGCUGCGCCUCAUUCUUUUAUCCUCUCUGCCUGCCAGCCCCGCCUGCCCUUGCUUCUGUCUCUCUAUCGGCUGUUCAUCUCUAUUAGGACCAUCAGGCGUUUUAGACAGAUAAAGAAUCACAGCUUCCCAGUUAAUCAAAUGUAACAUAAACAAAAGUAACACAUCUGAAAAUACUAUUCCCCAACAGUAUGUAUAUUUAUGUGUAUAUGCAGGUAGGGAUAAGAACUGGCAUGUUUCUGGUGAGGAUUACACGGACAAAGGUAUGUACCACUGUACAUGCAGAUGAGGGUGAGAAUGUGAAGUGUAUGUACAGAUGUGGGGGUGUGCUGGUGAGUGGUGUGCAAAUGGGCUGUGUAGAUAUAGGUUGUACCAGUGAAGAUAUGCAGUCAGGUGUAUGUCCACAGGGUAAUUUUCUCCAAAUCUUCGGAAGGAAAGAAGAGUUAAGCAACAUUGGCACCACCUUUUGCUCUAAUAUGAAGGCCAGGCACUGCAGACCUUAGUGAAUACUGGCCAGACUUUGGGCUCAGCAGGAGGCAGCAGUUUUCAUUGAUAAUGAGGAAGAUUUUACCAAAACUUCUCAUUUCCAGCCCUGCAGAGAGGUCCUGAAUACAUGAAUAGAUCCUGAGAGCCACAGAGAGGAUAUGAGGAGAGAUGCAUUUUGGAAGGCUUACUGUCACUCUUGCAAGUUUAGUACCACAUGUAGGAGUGAGGAGCUCAUCACCAACCCAGCCCAGACUGUCCAAAGCAGAGAUUCUGAAUCCCACCUCAGCACACUGGCCUUCCCUCCAGUUGUCCUCUAUCAUGUUCUCAACCCACUCUACCCAGUGUCUUCAGUACGUUCCAGUCCCUUAAUAGUGUGCUUUCCAUACAGUCUGGACAGUGGCUUCAGGUUAGACUGUAGACCUUGGGCUAGGUGGGCAUUUGGCAGCAGAGCCAGGCGCAGCAGCCUUCAAUCACCAACAACAUCCUGCCUGCAAGUGGCUUUCUGGGGGUGCUGCCUGCCACCAUAGGGGCUGCUGUGGAUGUAAAGGGUUUAUUCUGUCCAUCCUAUCUCAUUCCCGGGGCUGUAUCAGCAGCCGGUCCAUGCUGGGAGCAUCCAUAGCAUUUUAGGAGUUCAUGCGUAGGAACUAAACAUUGCUUAAUCUAAAAUUUGAGACACUGAGGGAACAGACUUAAGUAGUAUUAUAUUUGGAAAUUCUCAGAAGAGUCUGGGACUUCAACUCACCACUCAGAGUCCAUAGUCUAGGAAACAUCCCUGGGCUGUUCAGACCCAUGGCUACCAGAGAGUAGCCUGUCAGCAAUAGUGGUCAGACUCAGGGUUUUGUGUUUCUCCAUGAAGUAUGUGCCCCUUAGCUUCUACAGCAAAAAAUGGUGGGGAUCCAGUGUAAAGAAGUUGGAAUUGGAGGGACAUGUCAGAGAGCCCACACACAAGCUGAUGGCCUUCAUUAAGAGAUUACAUUAGUUGCCAAAACUCAGGACCAUGUAAAACCAAUUCAGAUGUGGGUGGUGAGACUGGGCUCUGCCUUCAGAGUCCCACCCGUGUGAAUAAGCCAGCCUCAUUCCCACCUAACUCUGCUACCUGUUUGUCUCCCACCUCUUCUGUUUUCCAGUCAACAGCAGGUAGUCUCCUUGGUUGCAGGGGCUGUGGCUUUAUGAGCUUUGGAACCUUCCUUUGUGGGAUGUUCUAUAUCUGCUUUAUACAUGGGAAGCUUCUCCCACUGUUUAAUUCAGCACUGAGCAUAAGUGUUUGACCUUUGCUGCUCAACCUGACGAUGAGAGAGAUAAGCAUCUGUGGCAUGAACCGGAACAGGGUCCUCCCAGAAGCCCAGGCCAGCAAUGUGAAGAAGAUCCUACCACCCCCUUUAUCCAGGGUGAAUGGCUGGUCACCGCCCCUCCACUCCUUCCAGGCAAUAUCCUGGACCACCUCUCUGGUCAUGUUCGUUGCUGCCUUUGGGAUCUUCAUUCCCUUUCUGCCAAGGAGCUGGAAAUACGCUGCCUAUGUUCUGAUGGGUGGGUUGUCCUUGUUUCAUCUCAUUGUGCACUUCGUCGCAACCACCAUUGAUCCAGCUGACACCAACGUCCGACUCAAAAAGGACUACUCGGAGCCUGUGCCGACCUUCGACCGGUCCAAACACGCACAUGUGAUCCAGAACCAGUACUGCAACCUGUGUGAGGUUACUGUGAGCAAGAAAGCCAAGCAUUGCAGCUCCUGCAACAAAUGUGUCUCUGGCUUCGACCACCACUGCAAAUGGCUGAACAACUGUGUGGGCAGCAGAAACUACCGGUUCUUCUUCUGCUCUGUGGCCUCAGCUGCAGUUGGCAUGCUUGUCGUGAUGGUUAUCUUGCUGUACAUCUUCAUCCAGUACUUUAACAACCCUGACGAGCUUCGCACGGACCCUCUGUAUAAAGGUGCUGCAGUUUGGGCAGGUGCGAGAUGGACAUGUCUCUCUGUCUUCAUAGAGAUCAGCUCUGAGAACACAUGGCUGCUGUUCCUCCCACUGUGGCCUGUGCCUGUGAAGACCCCUGUGGUCCUGUCCAUCAUGUUGGUGGUGUUCCUGCUAGCCAUUGCCAGCUUUGUGCUGCUCGGGCACCUGCUCAUCUUCCACUUCUACCUGAUUGCCAAGAACCUGAGCACAUUUGACUACAUGAUGCAGCCCCGAUUCCAGAGGAAUUUACAUUCAGCAGAAAAGAAAGAGAUACCUCUACGGAAAAAGGGGAACCUUUCCCAGGAAAAGAAUAGCAACUUGAACUGGUCUCAGUGCUCACCGAGGCUGGAGUCCCGGAAGUUCCUGCUGUCUACUCUUUCACCGAAGUCAAACAUGGGUUUCAUAGCUCCAGCUCCAAAGACUCCUCCACAGUAAAGCGAUAAGAAUGAGCUUCUCUCAGGAUGGCAGUACCAAGCCGUCAGCCCAAGAUCAUGAGGAAACGCCUCUACUUUGUGGUACAUGAUGCUGCUGAGCCGUGACCUUCAGUAGAGUAUGUGUUUUAUGUGUAUUUUGGACUGAAGAUAUCUUCCAUUUAUGAUGAUGAGUUCCUCAGAAUACAAACCCCAUUGUCAUUCAAGAAUAAUCUAUAUAGAAAAAUAUUAGCAAUAAUAGAAUCUAGGUGUUAAGUACAUGUGUAUUUUCACUUUCAAAUUUUCUAGAUGUUUGAAAAUUUUCACAAUAAAAUGUUGAGGUAUGACUUGGUAAAAAUAAACAUGGCAAAAGUU